AGCCCCGCCCCCUCCGACCGUCCUGCAAAAGUCAACUGUUGGGCGCUAAACUGAGCAUUCAGAGCGGCCUUCCAGGAAAGGAGUUUCUGCGAGCUUCUGUACAUCACGAUGGUGCGAGCCAAGAGCUGGACCCUGAAGAAGCACUUUGAAGGCUUCCCCACUGACAGUGACUUCGAGCUGAAGACAACUGAGCUCCCACCCUUAAAUAAUGGAGAGGUCCUGCUGGAAGCCCUGUUCCUCUCUGUGGAUCCUUACAUGAGAAUUGCAUCGAAAAGACUGAAGGAGGGUGAUAAGAUGAUGGGUGAGCAAGUGGCCAGAGUUGUGGAAAGCAAAAACCCAGCCUUUCCCACGGGAACUGUUGUGGUGGCUUUAUUAGGCUGGACAUCACAUUCCAUUUCUGAUGGCAAUGGACUGAGAAAACUGCCUGCAGAGUGGCCAGACAAGUUACCACUGUCUUUGGCUUUGGGGACAGUUGGCAUGCCAGGCCUUACUGCCUACUUUGGCCUGCUUGACAUCUGUGGCGUGAAGGGUGGAGAGACAGUGAUGGUCAACGCAGCAGCAGGAGCAGUGGGCUCAGUAGUGGGGCAGAUAGCCAAGCUCAAGGGCUGCAAAGUUGUUGGUGCCGCAGGGUCUGAUGAGAAGGUUAACUAUCUUAAGAAGCUCGGAUUCGAUGUUGCCUUUAACUACAAGACAGUAAAGUCUUUGGAAGAAGCAUUGAGAACGGCUUCUCCUGAUGGUUAUGAUUGCUAUUUUGACAAUGUAGGCGGAGAGUUUUCAAACACAGUUAUAGCCCAGAUGAAGACGUUUGGGAGAAUUGCCAUCUGUGGGGCCAUCUCUCAGUACAACCUCACCGGUCCACGUUCACAAGGCCCACCCCCAGAGGCUGUGAUUUAUCAGCAACUCCGCAUGGAGGGGUUCCUCGUUACCCGCUGGCAGGGAGAUGUCCGCCAGAAGGCUCUGAUAGACCUGAUGAAUUGGGUCUCAGAGGGUAAAAUCCAGUACCACGAAUACAUCCACGAAGGAUUUGAGAAGAUGCCAGCGACGUUCAUGGGAAUGUUGAAAGGAGAAAAUUUGGGGAAGGCAAUAGUGAAAGCAUGAAGAAAAAAAUGACAUAAGCAUCAUCACUGGAGGGUUAGGUUGUUUUUAAUCAUUUGGUACAAAUGUACACUGCCUUAUGUAAGAAAUAACUGCAAGGAAUUUGACCUAUCUAAUAAAAUACCUGUGUGAUUUUUUAAAAAUCUAUGAUAGAGAAUGAAAAUCUCCUGACAAACAAAAAGAAGGCAUGUUUCUGCCUAGUUCAUCUCCUCCUAGGUGAUUGUAAGAAAUAAUGGCUUUGGUGUCUGUUCUAAUUUUCUUUUCUGUUGCUGCAACAAAAGCAAUUUAAGUGAGGAAAAGGUUUACUUGGCUUACUCUUUCUGGUUACUGCCUGUCAGUGAGAGAAAUUAGGGGAGGAAGCUGUAAGUAGGCCUGCUUUGUAUUCCGUUAGCUUUGUUUCUAACCAGGGAACUCACAGCCAGGGCCACUUGCUAGCUAGCGCAUGCAGGCUGGUGCUCAGCUAACUUUCCUGUACAGUCCACCAUCCACUGCCUAGGAGAUGGCACCUCCCACAGUGGGCUUAGCCUAGGAGAUGGUACCUCCCACAGUGGGCUUAGCCUAGGAGAUGGUACCUCCCACAGUGGGCUUAGCCUACUACAUCAAUGAGUAAUAAAGAGGCUUCCACAGACCUGUCUACAGGCCAGUUUGAUUGAAGCAGUUGUCAAGAUCAACAUUCAAGCUAACUGGAGCAGUGUCCAAAAGCUUAAAGUGACCUAACUGCAUGCAGAAAUUGAUGAAUUUGAUGGUGUAAGAUUUCUACCCCAAUUGCAUAUAAUACUCGAUACUUAUGAAACCAGAAGGAAAACAAAACCGAACACACUGCUGCUAUCUGGAGGUCUCGGUGCCAGCCUACGCUGGUGUGCUGUGUAGUGAGGCUAAUGCCACUUACCAUACCAAGGAAGGAACUGAGAAGUGUUAGACUGGGCAAGAGACAAACCUUAUAUUGUACACUGGUGCUUUUUGAAUCCUGAACAUUCUGGAAAAACUUGGUUGACAAAUAAAAUUAAAAACUGGAA